CCAGACUACAGCGGGAAGAGCGUCCCUGCGGUGGCUUGGCCUUCUCCUCUCUGAGAAGAGGAAGCCCCGGACCUCGGGAGCAGGAAGUGGAAGGCCAAACACCCAUAUGGGUGCUCCAAUCCACUGCACCCACGUGGAAGACACGGAGGAAGCUCCUCAUUCCUGGCUUCGGAUCGGCAUAGCUCCAGCUGUUGCGGUCAUCUGGGGCGUGAACCAGCGGAUGGAAGACCUCUCUGUCCAGAAACUGCUCAGGUGUGGGUGUAGGUGGUUGAGCAACAGGCAGUCCUGCCUUCUUGAUUCCCCAUAAAGAUACAGUUCUCUGCAGUGCAUCUGAGAAGCAGCAGACAACCCAAAUUCUUGAGUCCCUGCCACCAUGAGGGAGACUUGGAUGGAGUUCCAGAUCCGAGCUUUGAUCUGACCCAGUCCCAGCCAUUGUGACCAUUUGGCUUUCAGGUGAUUGACGAGGACAGAGUCCCUAAGCUGCGAAGAGACGGAAUUUUGGAAACUACGUCCAGAACUCCACAGUGCGUAUUUAAGUGCUCUUCCCUCAGGCCUGCAGGCGGACAGCAAGAGCAACAGUGAUGAUAGCAUUUGAAGACCUGGCUGUGUACUUUACCUGGGAGGAAUGGCAGAACAUGAACCAAGCUCAGAAAAUCCUGUACAGGGAUGUGAUGCUGGAGACCUACAGCAGCCUGUUCUCCCUGAGGUACUGCAUGACCAAACCUGACUUGAUCUUCAAGUUGGAGCAAGGAGCAGAGCCCUGGAUGGGGGAAGAAUGCCUACAUCAGAGCCUUCCAGUUGCCAUGAAACUGGAUGAACUGAUUAAGACCAACCAGAAAAGUCUGGAGAAAAAUCUGAAUCAGAAUGUUAUGAAAAAUAAUAACACAUUAACUCCCAAGAGAGUUGAAUUCAGAAAAACACUUAAUUUAAGUAUAAGCCAUAUUCCAAAACUGAGUAUCAAAAAGAGAAACUAUUCAGGAAUAAAACCUGAAGAAUGUAGUAUAUGUCAGAAUGUGUAUCCCCAUUGUGGGCCUGAUCAGCUACAAGCUGGAGAGAAAUUUGAUGCUACUAUGGUACCUGGGAACACUCUCCAGUUCUGUGAGCCUCUUAAUGAACAGCACAAAAUUCAGACCAUGGAGCAGGCACUUGAACAAAUUGGACAAGGGAAAGUCUUCAAAAGGAAGAAUAUAUUCUAUGAAUCUGAGAAGCUUUUUAUGGUAGAAACCUGUAAUAAGCCAACUGCCACUAUUGGCAAGACAACUCAAAUACUACAAGAUUUCCAUAAAAAGUCUAACCUCAGUAUACAUCAACAAAGUCCCAAAAGAGAGAACGUUUAUAAAUAUAUUGGGCCUGUGGAACCUGUCAUUUACCAAUCAUAUGUUAGAAUGAAUCAUAGACCAAAUAUAGAGAAGAAAUCGUAUGCAUGUAAAACUUGUGGGAAGUCAUUCAGUAAUAAAUUCUGCCAUCCCCUCCAUCACAGCACUCAUAUAGUGGAAAACCCUCAUGUGUGUAAUGAUUGUAGAGAAACCACUCACCAGAAGUCAGCUCUCAUUAGACAUCAGAGAAUUCACACAGGGUUGAAAUCUUAUAAAUGUAAUGACUGUGGGAAGUUCUUUGGCCAUAAGUCACACCUCAUAAAUCAUCAGAGAAUUCACACAGGGGAGAAACGUUAUGAAUGCAAUGACUGUGGAAAAGCCUUUGGCCAGAAAUCAACACUCAGAAAUCAUCGGAGAAGUCACACAGGGGAGAAACCUUAUGAAUGCAAUGACUGUGGAGAAACCUUUGGCCAGAAGUCAAACCUCAUAAAUCAUCAGAGAAUUCACACAGGGGAGAAACCUUAUGAAUGCAAUGACUGUGGAAAAGCCUUUGGCCAGAAGUCACAACUCAAAAUUCAUCAGAGAAGUCACACAGGGGAGAAGCCUUAUGAGUGCAAUGACUGUGGAAAAGCCUUUGGCCAGAAGACAAACCUCAGAAAGCAUCAGAGAAGUCACACAGGGGAUAAGCCUUAUGAGUGCAAUGACUGUGGAAAAGCCUUUGGCCAGAAGUCACAACUCAAAAUUCAUCAGAGAAGUCACACAGGGGAGAAGCCUUAUGAAUGCAAUGACUGUGGAAAAGCCUUUGGCCGGAAGUCAAUCCUCAUAAAUCAUCAGAGAAUUCACACAGGGGAGAAACGUUAUGAAUGCAAUGACUGUGGAAAAGCCUUUGGCCAGAAAUCAACACUCACAAAUCAUCGGAGAAGUCACACAGGGGAGAAACCUUAUGAAUGCAAUGACUGUGGAGAAACCUUUGGCCAGAAGUCAAACCUCAUAAAUCAUCAGAGAAUUCACACAGGGGAGAAACCUUAUGAAUGCAAUGACUGUGGAAAAGCCUUUGGCCAGAAGUCACAACUCAAAAUUCAUCAGAGAAGUCACACAGGGGAGAAGCCUUAUGAAUGCAAUGACUGUGGAAAAGCCUUUGGCCAGAAGAGAAACCUCAGAAAGCAUCAGAGAAGUCACACAGGGGAUAAGCCUUAUGAGUGCAAUGACUGUGGAAAAGCCUUUGGCCAGAAGUCACAACUCAAAAUUCAUCAGAGAAGUCACACAGGGGAGAAGCCUUAUGAAUGCAAUGACUGUGGAAAAGCCUUUGGCCGGAAGUCAAUCCUCAUAAAUCAUCAGAGAAGUCACACAGGGGAGAGGCCUUAUGAGUGCAAUGACUGUGGAAAAGCCUUUGGCCAGAAGUCAAACCUCAGAAAGCAUCAGAGAAGUCACACAGGGGAGAGGCCUUAUGAGUGCAAUGACUGUGGAAAAGCCUUUGGCCGGAAGUCACACCUCAGAAAGCAUCAGAGAAGUCACACAGGGGAUAAGCCUUAUGAAUGUAAUCAUUGUGGAAAAGCUUUUGGCGAGAAGUCAAACCUCAGAACGCAUCAGAGAAGUCACACAGGGGAGAAACCUUAUGAAUGCAGUGACUGUGGAAAAACCUUUGGCCAGAAGUCAAACCUCAUAAAUCAUCAGAGAAUUCACACAGGGGAGAAACCUUAUGAAUGCAAUGACUGUGGAAAAGCCUUUAGCCAGAAAUCAGCACUCACAAAUCAUCAGAGAAGUCACACAGGGGAGAAACCUUAUGAAUGCAGUGACUGUGGGAAAAUCUUUGGCCAGAAGUCAAACCUCAGAACGCAUCAGAGAAGUCACACCAUGGAGAAAGCUUAUAAAUGAAAUGACUGUGGAAAAGCCUUUGGUCCCAUCCUUGCAUACGAAGGAUAAAUCCCACUUGGUCUGGGUGGAUGAUCUUUCUGAUGCAUUGUUGGAUUCAAUUGGCCAGAAUUUUUUUUUGCAGAUCUUUGCAUGUAUGUUCACCAGGGAAAUUGGUCUAUAAUUACUUUCUCUGUUGCACUUUUUUCAGGUUUAGGAAUGAAGGUGAUGCUGGCUUCAUAGAAAGAAUUUGGGAGAAUCACCUCUCUCUCAAUUGUUUUGAAUAACUUGAGAAGAAUUGCAGUUAGUUCUUCUUUAAAUGUCUGUCAGAAUUCAGCAGUGAAGCCAUCCAGUCCUUGAAUUUUCUUUGUGGCGAGGGUCUUUAUUACUGAUAUCAUUUCCAUCUGGUUGUGGGUGUGUUUAGUUUUCCUAUAUCUGUGUUGCUUAAUUUAGGAAGGUUUUAUGAUGUAAGGAAGGUGGAAAGCCUUUUUGCUGUAAUUCAUAACUCAUAAGAUAUCAGAGAAUUCACACAGGGAAUUUUCUAUAUGACCUUUUUGUACAAGUUAUAUCUCAUGAAAUAUUAGAGAAGGGGAGAAAUGCAUGAAUGUAAUAAAUGUGAAUAAGCCUUUGUGGUGCAAAUCAGACCUCAUCAAACAUAAAAGAAUUCUCAUGGGGAGAAAUUUUAUGAAUGUAAUGACUCAGAGCCUUUUACCAUAAUUCAGCCCUCAUUGUACAUCAUCAAAUUCAUAUAGGGAAAAACCCCUUUGAAAGUAAAAUCCCUUUAAUUAGAAGCCAUACCUCAUAAGACAACAGGGAAUUCACAUGGGAGAGAAACAUAAUGGAUGUAAUGAGUGUUGGAAAGCUCUGCCCAAAUCUCUCCUUAGAAUGCACAACAUAUAUAUCUAAUGAAUGAAAUAAAUGUGAGAAAGCCAUUUCACAUAAGUAAUGCCUCAUAAUCCAUCAUGGAGUUUGAACAAGGGAGAGACCUUAACAAUAUAAUGAAGGUGGAAGAGCUUUUCCCCAAAAUUCAUGUAAGUAUUGUGACAAAACCUUUUGCUGGAAAUCACAUCCUAUCUAACAGACUCAUGUAAGUGAGAAAGCUUAUAAAUAUUAUUAGUGUGAAAAGAUUGUCAGAAGUCAAUGGUACAUCAGAGAAUUGACACAGGUGGUUUCUUAGGAGUAUAAUGAUUGUGUAAAAACCUUUUCUUUAUUUCAGGCUUGUAUAGAUAUAGAAUUCACAAAAGGUAAUAUUCUUUGCAUGCUGUAAAUAUGAUAAAACCUCUAGCCAGAAAUUAGACAUCAACAGACUUCAGAGGAUUCAUAAGGAACAAAAUUCCAUGCAAUGACUUUGGAAAAAGUAUUUCUGCUAUAAAUCAGUCUUCAAUUCCCAUGAACAGACUCACAAAUGAGAAAACAUGCAUGCAUAGAAAAGUUUUGUACCAUAAAUAAUCUCUAGAUGGUAAACUAAUAAUUCACACAAAAGAAAAAUCAUGAGUGUAAUGGAAUUGGGAAACCCUUUGCUGUAAGGCAGAUUUCCAGGAAGCUUAGCAAGAUUACAGAAAAGUCUCUGAAAAUGUAACAUGUCUGAAAGAAUUGUUAGCAUCACAAAGUGGAGGAUAGCUCAAGUGCAUGUGUUUUUGUGACCUGGCAUCCAAAUUGGUAUCUCUUUUUCUUUGAUGAAUCCCUUGUUUAUUUAUUUAACAGAUUUAGAGACAAAGUGUUCCUGUCCAUUGGUUUACUAUUACAUGCCCACAAUUGCCAUGGUAAGGUCUAUGGCAAAAGCUGAGUGCUGAGGGCUGUGAAUCUGAUUCAUCACUGAUAACACUGAAGACAUUGGAUCCUGGUUCUUAUGCUGUUAUGCAUGGAAAUAUUUUUCUAAUUUCAUUUUCAAAUAGUUCAUUGUUAAUAUAAAGAAAUGCUUCUGGUUUUUAAAAUUUUAUUUAAAUAAUUUGUGAUCAGUGUGUACUAGUCAGACAUUAUUACAGGGUGUAGUGCAGUAUUUGCACACAUUUACACAGUAGAAACUGAUAAAGCUAAGCAACUACAGUUUUAUCAAUUUUUUUAAAGAUUGAUUUAUUUGAAAGACAGAGUUACAAAGAGAAGUAGCAGCAGAGAGAGAGAGAGGUCUUCCUCUGCUGGUUCACUCCCCCAGAUGGCUGCAAUGGCUGGAGCUGUGCCAAUCUGAUGCCAGGAACCAGGAGCUUCUUCCAGGUCUCCCACUUGGGUUCAGGGACCCAAGGACUUGGGCCAUCUUCUACUGCUUUCCCAGGCCAUAGCAGAGAGUUGGAUUGGAAGAGGAGCUGCCAGGACUAGAACUGGUGCCCACGUGGGAUGCUGGUGCUUCAGGCCAGGGUGUUAGCCCACUGUGCCACAAUGCUGGCCCCCAAGCAACUACAGUUUAAUUCUUCUCCAUGAUUUGAGACUACCAGCUCCUCUCUUCCAGUUCUUUACACAGAACCUAAUACGGUUGAAUGUAGUCAUCUCAUUAUAUUAUGGAACACCAGAAGUUCCUUCUGCCUCUUUGUAUUUUGUUACCUAUUAUCCAAUCCCCUUCUAUCCCUAGCUGCUUCCCUUCUCAGCCUCUAAUAAUCACAGUUCUGUGUUCAGAUCCAUUAUUUUCUUUCACUUCCACAUGUGACAAGGACUAUGUGACAUUUGUGUUCCUGUUUCUGGCUUAUUUCAAUUAAUUUAAUAAUAUUUUGUUCUUUUUUGUAUCUAAAUGAUGUUCCCCUGUCCAUUUUUUUUCAUUGAUGGACAGCUAGAUUGGUUUCAAAUCAUGGCUGCAGUGAACUGUGUUAUGGGAAAAUUGCUGUAUCUUUGAUAUGCUCUUCUCAUUUCCUUUGAAUAAAAUUUCCUUCUUAUAUAUAGCCAAGAGCAAGACAACUGUCAAACGGUACAUCAAUUUUUAUCUUUAUUUUAAAUUUUUGUUAUUUAUUUGAAAGAGUUACAGAUAGAGGUAGAGACACAGAGAGGUCCUCCAUUAGCUGGUUCACUCUACAGAUGACUACAAAGGCCGGAGCUGUUCCAUUCUGAAGCCUGGAGACAAGGAGCUUCCUCCGGGUCUCCCACAUGGGUGCAUGGGCCCAAGGACUUGGGCCAUCUUCUUCUGCUAUCCCAGGACAUAGCAGAGAGCUGGAUUGGAAGAAGAGCAGCUGGAACUAGAACUGGCACCCAAAUGGGAUGCUGGCCCUUCAGGCCAGGGCUUUAACCCACUGCACCACAGCGCUGGCCCAAAUUUUUAUCUUUUUUAAGGAGUGACCAUGCUGUUCUCCAUAACAACUGUACUAAUUUGUGUUUUCACCGACCAUAUAUGAAGGUUUUCUUUUUCCAUAUGCUCUCUAGCAUUUGUUAUUUUUUAUCAUUUUGGCAUAAAGAUGAUAUAAUAUUGUUCAUGUUUUUGUGUAUUUUGAAAUCAGUUAUUUUGUUUAUUAAAUAUUUGUCUAUUUGAAAGGUGGCUUUAGAGAGAGAGAGGGAUAGACAGAGAUAGCUUUCAUCUGCUGGCUCACACCCCAGAGAGUUUUAAUAGUUGAGCCUGGGGCACGCUGAAGUCAAGAGCUUCAUCCAAGUCUCCCACAUGAGUAGCAGGGACCCAAGUCCUUCAUCCAUCUUCUGCUGGUUUCCCAGGUGCUUUAGCAGUGAGCUAAAUUGGAAGUGGAGAAUCCUAAACUCAAAUUGAAACUCACAUGAUAUGCUGGCCUCACAGAUUGCAGCUUACCCCACUUAGCCACAAUGCCAGCCUCUCUAUCAAUUUAAUUCCUCAAAAAUAGGUCAGUAAUGUUGGCAUCUAUCUCAUUUUGUUUUCUCUGUUAUUAUUCAACUUAUUGAUGUCUUAUUUUUGUUCCCAUUAUUCCUCUCAAUUGCUCUACCCACGGUCAGUAGCAGCUGCUGUGUUGCUUAAAUGCAGUGUAUGCUUUAGAUUCCUCAUUUACUGAGUGCAUGUCAUUCUCAUAGGACUUCACUGAAGUUCUACUAUGUCCCAAAUCCUCUUCUAGGCACAGAAUUCAGACCACUUUUCUGUUAGGCCUAGAUCUUGCCUUUAACAUACUACUUGGAAUUCAGUAGCUCAUGAAAUCUGCAGACUGCAUAAAUGAAUGAAUAUUUUGAGGGCUGUGAUUUUGUGGAGGAACUUCAUAAGAGACCGAAGGAAUAAAAUAAAUCAAAAGUAUCCAUAGUAUAUAAAAUGUAUACUAUUUUACAAGUCACAGAGAAGAGGAAGAAGAAGGAAAGUAGUGAGACUAGAAAGUUUGUGGCAAGACUAACAGGCACUGGUUGAGAACUUAAUAAGCCCGUUAGGAAAGCAGUAAGGUUUCUUUAUCUCCCUGUAGACUCUGCUCUCCAGAGGUGAACAGGGUCCUCUAAACCCACUUGCUGCACACACAAAAACCUGAGCGUUGUAUUCUCCCACAGAUGUUGGAGACUGAUAUUGUGUUCUGAUUUAUAUUUACAUAAUGGCCAGUGACAUUGGGCAUAGUCACAUGUUUUGACCAUUUACAUUUCUUCUGAGAAAUGUCUAUUCAGAUCCUUGCCUGUUUCUUCACUGUAGUUUUUGGAGUUUUUCCAAUAUAUAUAUAUAAGUUAUGGAAAUCUGUAAACAUUCAGAGUUUUAAUUUUUCCUGCCAUUCUGUUCAUUGUAUCUACACUCUGAUGUUUACUUUGUUUUGUAGAAGUAUCUUAGUUUGAUAUACUCAAAUGUCUGUUUUUAUUUUUGUUACUAUUGCUAUUGGAAUCUUACCCAAAACUAUUGUCUGUUGACAAUAUUUAGAGUUUCCCUAUGUUUACUUAGGUUUUGGUCUUAUGAUUAGAUUUUUAGUUCACUGUGAGUUCACUUUCACAUAGUGUAAGAGAUGUUGGAGUCUAUUUUCAGGCUUCUACAUGUGGGUAAUCAGGUUCCUCUGCACCACUUGUGAAAGAGAUUCUUCUUUCUCCAGUUCAUUUUAGUUCCUUUGUUAAAUAUGAGUUGCCGGUAGAAAUUUGGGUUUAUUUCUGUGCUACCUAUUCUUUUCCAUUGAACUAUGUGUCUGUUAUUAUGUCAGUGCUAACACUUCUUCUUUUUGUUUUUUACAGUUUAUUUAUUUAUUUGAAAGGCAGAGUUACAGAGAAGUAGAGGCAGAGAGAGAGAGAGGUCUUCCACCCACUGGUUUACUCCCCAAAUGGCCACAAUGGCCAUUGCAGGUGAACUAGUGGAUGGGAGCUGUCUGUGUCUUAAAAAAAAAAGACAUAUAGAAGUGACCACACUGAUAGGGAAGCCCUUUUUUUCUUUCUUCUUUCUUUCUUUUUUUUUUUUUGUAGGAAACACUAAUCCUGUGUUCUCCAUAAUUCAAGGUGCUUGCCUUUCAUCUUUAGAAAUUUUAAACAAUCCAUGACUUAAUUCAUUGUUAAUGGGAAAAGAACCCAGGUCAAAGCCAUACUCCUGUCAUGUUCUUCCACUGGUGUUCUCAUGUCACAUCACAGUACAUCACAUCAUAUCACAUUAUCACAUCAUAUCACAUCACAUCACAUCACAGUCUUUGUUACGUUGCUUGUCAUCACCUGUUGGCCUGUCAGUCUCCUGGCCUGUUAGCUCCUUGAGGGCAGGGAUAUUGUUAUUGUCUUUGUUAUGCCUGAGUGUGUCAUAGUGCCUGAAAUUUACUGCAUGGUUAGUAAAUAUUUGUUGAGUAAAGAAGUCACAUUUUGUUUCCAUACCAAUACAAUGAAUAAAUUCAUAAUGAUGGAAAUUUCAUUCCUAAACGCUGUAAUAGAUUUUUAAAUUUUUUAAAGCAAGCAAACAAAAACAAAAACAGGUUAAAAAAAACUGCCUUUAGUUUAACUCUACUCAAAAACGUACUGUACUGUUACAGACUGUGAAAAUAAUAAUUCUUACAGAUGAUAUUGAUUGGGCUGCCAAGCAUCUGUGUUCAGCAUUUAACACUGAAUGUUCCCAAUAACCUAUGUGAUAGAUAUUGUACCCCAGUAGCCUAUUGUGAUAUGUAUUGUGCUGAGUCAUAGAGGUUAUACAACUUGUUCUAGGUCGCUGAACUUUUAAGAAGCAAAGCUGGCCAACAUUAUGCUAUGUUAUAUGUGUGUACAUAUUGUAUGUCCACAUGGGGAAAUUUUAUUAAGAGUUUUAUUUUAAAUGGCUUAUAGAUAAGAUUGUCCAUAAAUUUCAGCUGCUAAAAUCAAUCAAAGAUACAUUUUAAUUUGUGGGACCUGAAUCUGUGUAUCAUAUGUUUUAAACUU